CCGAACGCCGAUACGGUGUGCUGCUACAACAACCAGGUCGACUACUUUUGCUGCCUGGAUGCGAGUGCGGACCAGUGCCCCGACUAUCAUCAGGUAACUGCCGUCAUCCAGAACAACUUCCCCCAAAAUCCGUUCGCGCUGAAGUCGUACUUCUUCCGCGAAGGGAUUGAAGACGAGAUCGUUGACAAUGGCCUAGCCGAGGAAGGGCCAAACGAUUCGGGGAUGGCCGUGGAGAGAAACGGCCCCGACAGCGGCUUCAUCGUGCGACACGGG